UGUUUCGACAACCCGAAACGGAUUCAUUUCAGUCCGACUCAUAGUGAAGAAAUUGUGUGAAUCCAGAUGAUAAUUUUUUGCUACAAUGGCCAGCCCUCAUUUAAGACCAUUCGGUCCUUCUGUUCAUCUUGACCUUUGCGGCCAAACGCCCCUAAGCCACCAACCAUUGAUAUAGCACUAUCAUUCUAGAGCAUCUCGAGGUUUUUUUCAACACGCUCGUGAUCCUCGAGCUUCUAACAUACAGCUCAAUGUCAUGGCUCCAGCCAUUUCCGUAUCGAACCUAUCGAGGAAGGGCGGCAUAAUAGCGUUGAUAACAUUGGUCUUCGUCUGGUCAUUAGCUGCUAUAGUUAGGCAGCUGUCAUUCUUCCACCAACCACUCAGCCUCGCUCUGCGUCUGCCUCUAAGAAGACAUGAUCCUCCUUUAAUUCUCUACGCCUACAAGGAAUCCCAGAACGCGCGCGAAAAUCUAAAGUUCUUCCUCGAUCAAGGUCUUCAUGGUUCAGCAGACUUUAUAUUCAUUCUCAAUGGCGAGACCGACGUCGCUGAUCUCAUCCCGAAAGAAAAGAACAUCCGUGUCGUCCAAAGACCCAAUGUCUGCUUUGAUCUAGGUGCAUUUGGUGAGGUACUAAGAGCGGAUGACCUCUGGAAAAAAUAUCAGCAUUUCAUCACGAUAAAUGCGAGUCUGCGAGGUCCAUUUAUUCCUCAUUGGAGCAAGCAAUGUUGGAGCGAUGCCUACCUAGAUCGUGUGACGGAUGAUGUGAAAUUGGUUGGUAUGACAAUUAACUGCAGCCCCAAGCCACAUGUUCAAUCGAUGAUUUGGGCGACCGACAAUAUCGGAAUGGAGUUUCUACUCUAUCCGCCAUCAAAUUCGUCCGAGCUCGAUCCCUACGGAACCGCGAACGAUACGGUCGCAUUUGGUGGCUGUUAUGAGGAGUUUCAUCAAGCCAUCCAUGCUGAAGUCGGCGCCACUAGCGUCAUCAGAAAUGCAGGAUACCAAAUAUCGGCAAUGAUGUCGGCUUUUCAAGGCGAACAGUACCUCGACAAGUGCGACGAACAUCCGAAGGACUUACUAUACGACGGCAAAUAUUUCGGUACCAACCUUCACCCAUACGACACUAUCUUUUUCAAGGCAAAUCGCGGCAUCGAUCCGACCACUUUAGAUCUACUCUCACGUCUACAUUUGUCUGGCUACCCCGGAAGAAGUUGGGAGUUGUGCCGACGAUGAUUGUAUGCCCAAAAGCAAGAGUAAAUUAUGUACAUAUCGUUCAGAGGGCGGAUUGCUACUUAGGUCAGUCUUCCCGCCCACUAAUAGACUAGUAAAGACGCAUGUCCCUUUUCAACUAUGUUGUGAUGUAUUGACCAUAAGGACACCAUCCUAGCAGUAAAUCCCAACUUCCCAUGUAGCAAAAAUAACCUACCAGUUCAUAACUCUAGCCAACUCCGUCUGACUGGACUGGUACGGCAAUACCGUCAAUCUUCUAUGUUAUUACAGCCUUACGGCUCUCAGAUUACAACCUCCACGAUGUAACCGCAUAACUAUUAAUAAGACCAAGCCAACAGAGUUAUGAGGUCCAUUUAUAAGCAAGCGC